GAAAUUUUGAUUAAUAAGCAGCUUUAUUGUUAGUGGUUUUGUUUUUUAAUUUUAAAUUUUACCGCUUCAUUAUUGAGCGCCAGUGUCAUCGAAAAUAGUGACGUGUAUUGAGGGUGUAACGAGUUACGAUUAAAUAUUUAUUUUGUUUGUUUAGAAGGCCCAAUUAUUAACAAGUUAAUCGAAGAUUUAAUUUUAAGAACAAGUCAAUAAUUUUGCGGGAAAAUGACUAAAGACAAGGAGAUUUUAAAAAGUAUUAGCAAACUAUUUACGGAAAAAACAUUGGAAAAUGUUGUAAGAAAAGCAACCGGCGAAAAUGACAUCGAAAUAAUUGAUUGGAAAAGCGAGGAAGCUUCUGCGAAAGGUGACAGCUAUUUGUCAACGGUAACGAGGAUAACAAUCGAAGCGAUUGUCAAUAAUAAGAAGAAUGAUUUUAAAAUUGUCGUCAAAUCCUUGCCGGAAAAUUUGGUCCGCAGGAAAACUUUCCGCAGCACGGAAUUUUUCAGAAACGAGAUAACAUUUUAUUCAAAGGCCAUGCCAUUGUUCAGGUCGUUUUUAGAACCCAGAAAGCAGAACCAUUUGCUGUUGGUGCCCGAGUGCUACGCGUAUGAGCUCGAUGGGGAAAAUGAUUUCAUUGUACUGGAGGAUGUGACGGUUAGGAAUUUCGGACCCGCUUCGAGGAAAAGUACUUUGAGUAUCGAGGAAUUUAAGUUGAUACUAAAAGCAAUGGCGAGAUUCCAUGGGGUUUCUUUUGCGUGCAAAGCUGAUGAUGAAAAAAAGUUUUAUGAUGUUGCGGAUUUGUUGAAGGAAACUUAUUUCAGUGAUGAUCAUUGGGACUGGUAUAAAACUUUUCAGAAAGUAGCAAUAAAUAUUGCAAAGGACGCGAUGGAAAAAGAAUACCCAGGAACAGAAGAACAGACUAAAUUUUCGCGCAUACAGGGCACUGAGUUAUGGAAAAAAAGCGUCCAAGUGUGCGGGCAAACUAGGACACCAUCAUCAAUAAUAAACCAAGGAGACGCAUGGGCGCCAAAUUUCCUAAUGCGGACCACCGAAACUGGGGAAAAAGAGGCUUUGCUUCUAGACUUCCAGCUAGCGAGAUGCACCGGACCGGUUGCCGAUCUCUCAUUUUUCAUUUACUCAUGUUCGGAUGCCAAGUUACGCGAAACCGAGUUCGACAAUCUCCUGGAAUUUUACUACGAGCACCUGUCCGCUACCAUCAAGACCCUCGGGGGCGACCCCCAUAAAAUCUACUCCCGCGAAAUGUUUUUCAAACAAGUCCAGAGUGAAUUCGGGCACGGACUCAAUUUCUGCUUGGAGUCAAUUCCUCUGAGCACGUUGGAGGAAAACGAACUCUUUGACCUGGACGGCAUCAAAGGCGACGCCGUUGAUCUAGCGGAUGUUUGGAAACUCAAGCCCAUUAAAAAUCAAGAAAACAGGAAACGACUCGCGGAUGUUAUCAUGCACGCGAUGAAACGUAAUUUUAUUUAAAAAUUAAUUGAAAAUAAACUCAAAUUUUUAAUUUUU